AUGUCUUAUCGUGUUGAGGUCUCCCCGAACAACCGCGCCGGCUGCAAUGAUAGUGUCUGCAAGUCAGAGGGCGUGAAGAUCACCAAGGGUGAGCUGCGCUUCGGCACUUGGGUCACCAUGCCUGAUGGCGAGCAUGGCAGCUGGAAGUGGAAGCACUGGGACGGCACGUACAUGUGGGACUUCCUCGACGGCUACGAUGACAUGAACGAGCAUCCCGAGUUGCAGGAGAAAAUCCGCCGCGUCAUCACCCAGGGUCAUAUCGAUGCCGAGGACUUCAAAGGCGAUCCGGAGUUCAACAAGCUGGGUGCGCGCGGUAUCCGCGGCCGCAAGAAGAAGGUGAAGCCUGAGGAUGAGGACGGCGAGGAGGGUGAGAAGACGCCCGCCAAGAAGACCCCUGCCAAGCGUGGCCGCAAGAAGGUCGACGAUGACGAUGAUGAGGCCUCACCACCGACUAAGAAGACCAAGACCGCUAAGGCCGGCAAGAAGGCCAAGGCCGAGCCGGAGCCGGAGCCCGCCCCUGAUCCGGCCAAGAAGAAGGGAGGCCGAAAGAGCAAGGCUGUCAAACAGCCCACCCCCGAGCCUGCGCCCGAGCCGGUUGCCAAGAAGGUUGCGAAGGGCAAGAAGGGCGGCAAGAAGGCUGCUGCUGAGCCCGGACCCGAGCCCGAGCCUGAGGUCGAGGAGAAGCCUAAGAAGCGCGCCCGCAAGAGCAAGGGCGCUGCUGAGGAGGAGGCGCCUGCUGCUCCAGUCCCUGCUAAGAAGCGAGGAAGAAAGAGUACCUAA